AUGCGGUGUGGCUUUCACCGUUCGGGUGUCAGGUGUUCUAGUUCAUUUUUGGAUCCCUUUUUCAAUUCCAAUGAAAGGGUUAGGAAAGAUGUAAAAGAAGGCGACAAGAUGCGAGGGAUACCGAUUACCAUAAAGAAAGGAGGCGAUGUAAAUCUGGAAGAGGUUUCAAAACACAUUCAGCGUCCGAUAUAUGCAAACACGAUGGGUUACUAUGGGGUGUUCAAACUUGCCAAAGUUUUCAAAUCUUUCAUACGAAAGGAAAACACCCUGAAGAGUUUAAUUGUUCCAACCAACUUGAAGAAAAUUGAGCUAAAUAAGCCUGUUGAUAUGGGCUCCUUGGUGGAGUUUAAUGUAGGUGACCAGGUUCGUCUAGGAGUUGUCAUAAAACCUCCAUUGGGUCAUUUCAAAGUCAAUUUGGUCUCGUUUGAAGUACUGACGGCAGAGGGUAAAAUACUGGAAACGACACAGAGUAGAACAACGUUGCAUGUACCUAAUUUCGUGGAUGCCUCCUUUUUGUACAGGAUUAAAAAAGACAAGAGCUAUACGGAAUAUCAACAGGUUCAAUAUGCCCUUAUUUCAUUAAUCCAUUUUACAUCUCACGGGUUGGAAAUUACAAUGCACAGGAUAAACGCUUUUGCAAUUCCUUACAGUCAUCUUUCCAAUAGAGAUGAAUGCAACGCUGUUUCUGUCCUAAAAGUGGCUCAGCUUUUGCCAGAAACGGUAUUUCCUACAAGUAUCCUCCGCCCAUAUGCUUUGAUAUUAGCAUCGCAUAUUCACAUGACGAACGAGCCUCUUUAUUGGCAAGUUCACACAAAUCAGGAUAUCCUUUCAAGGACCUCAACGUCUAACUGGGAUGUUAAUAUCAAUUCCAGCAGAACCGUUUACAUUGCCAAUUCAAGGGAAAUGGUUCAGACUCUGAGACAGGUUCAAAAAUUGUCCAACUCGGAACUGAAACACUUUAGAAACUUCAUUAAUGGAGCAAUAUCAAGAUCUUCUGAGAGAAAAUCAUACAUGUUCAAAAAAUACAGAACUAUUCUGAAUUUUUUGAAACAUUUUAUUGUAUAUCCUCAUGACCAGUUGAAGUUAACAGUGUCGCAAAUAUUGAAGCAAACGCUAUUAGAGAAAACAGACCUGAAAGAUAUUGACCAGAAAUACAUUUAUCACUCCCUGCGAUCUUUAGACAUUCCAUAUGAAGGAAUUCUUAAAGAUAAUUUCAUUCCCGACCCAUAUCUCUCGGCAACUAUGAUGGGACACUUAAAGGAAGGACUGCAUGCUACCACACUAACUGACAUUAAAGGUGUAAGCCCCCAAUCAACCAAAGAAACAUUAACUAGCAAACCAUGGAUUGACAAGUUACACGAGAUUAGAGAAUAUCAACACAAAGUUACACAAUCCACUACUGCUUCCAAGAAUCUGAAGGUAUAUGCAUUACCUUCGAGGUAUCUCGCCGAUAUAGGAUACUCAGAAUACUCAGAAUUUGCCAUCUCUUUGGAGAAGAUAAACUCCAGAAAGUGGAUAUUCAAUGUCCACAUCCCUGACGUCGUAAGCUUCAUUGCUCCCGAUUCACAGUUCUUUGAGAAUAUGGUAAACAAGGAGCAACCGCUGAUAGGUAUCCAUCCAAAGUCAGAAUAUAUUAAACAGAGAUUGACCUAUGAAAACUUCCAACUAUGCAACGGUUCGAACCAUUUCUUUCCAACUGAUUGGAUUCCUUCUUUUGCCUUACGUCCAGUUUCUUCUCAAAUAUCAUUAAAUUGUUUGACCUUGAGCUUUGUUUACUCGCCUCACGAAAUGAACUGGGAUUCAGUCCGCGUUGAAUAUAAGACUGACAAGAUCAACAAUAUUAGAAAGGUCAGUUUAGAAGACUUGGUUGAUAGUUUGACUCAUGGCUCUGGUUUUUCUUUGUUUCAACAGCAAGAAAAAACAAGCCUGUCCAGUGAAGACAAAGAAGUGUUAUCGGAUUUCCAGAACUGUUUAAUAUCAAAGAGACUAUCAAGUCACAAGAAUGGUUCUAUAGACACAUUUAUGGAGAAAGUUCAACCCGUGGUUAGUGUCCAUCAUCCUGAAAAUAAAACAACAACAGAGAUCAGCAUGCUGAAGAGCUCCUCGGAGAACACUUUUCUAGAUUUGUUUAUUAAAGAUGUUGACUACUUGACCUCAGAUCUGGUUGGAAGUUAUGGUAGCAAACAUGGAUUACCUAUUUUUACUAGGACUCAAUCGAAGAAGAAGGACGUUGCCAACGAGUAUAUUAGGCAAACAGAAGGUCAGCCCAUAGAAGACGGUCGAACUAUCGAAUCAAAAAGAUCCGUUCUCCCAGAUUACACAGCUACUAGUUAUGAACAACUUAUUAUGGAGAGGGGAUUCAAUGGAGAUAUAUCCAUGACAGCUUAUGUGUCUGCUCUUCAAUAUCUACUGCCAUCACAAUUACAAUUAACACCUGGCCAGAACGUUAAGCUAGGGAUGAAAAAUGGAAGAGUAAGGUUCUUAGGCUGCUUUCAAAGCUUGGAAGUGUUGACGAAUCAUUACCAAUUGCUUAAAAUUCACAUAAACGAGUUUGAACAAUUCAGGGAGCUCAUCGACGUAAAAGGAUACUAUUCCAGAAACCUCUCACAGAUAUCUAAAAAGCUAACUAUCCAAGAUAUUCAAACCAAGGUGGAAACAUGCACUACGUUUCUAUCAUGGUUGGAGACCCGUAACAGACGAUUUUGGAUACUCCAAUGGUUAAAAGCCAAGACACACGAACCGACUGAGCUGAUAUUUUACAAGUGCAUCAUACUGGAUACGUGUCGACACCCUGACAUUGCCAGGGCGUAUUGUAUUGAGUUAGACAUUGAAGUCCAGAUGGUUCUACAACCUGGGAUGGAGGCAAUUGUUGGCGAUCGUCUUAUCAUGACAUCGAUAGUGUAUAUCAGCCCUAUUGAGGGAAUUUUAGUGAUGAGAUGA